AUGUUCAGAAUGCAACCUGGAGAAUCAAUCUCGGAUGUUCAAAAGCGGUUCACUCACAUAGUGAAUCACUUGACAGGUUUGGGUAAGAUGUUUGAUACUGAUGAAUUAAACGUUAAAGUUCUUAAAUCAUUGGACAGGUCUUGGCAACCAAAGGUAACUGCUAUCUCAGAGUCCCAGAAUCUUUCUCAGAUGAUAAUGCCGAUCUUAUUUGGAAAACUUCGUGAGCACGAACUUGACUUGAGAAGACUCACUGCUGAAGAGGANCAAGGCAAGAGAAAAACUCUAGCGUUCAAGUCUGAGAUAUCCAAAGGGAAAAACUCCAAGAAAAUAGAAGAAGAUGAUUCUGAUGAUGAAGAGAAUAUGAGUUUGAUGAUCAAGAAGUUUGCAAAAUUCAUGAAAGCAAAGGGAAAAGAAAAAUUUCACAAGGAAAGGAAAGAGAAUCAAGAGUCUCCAUCAAAUAUAAAAUGCUUCGGAUGUGGAGAAAGAGGGCAUGUAAAGUCCGAAUGCCCAAGGAACAAGAAAAAUGAUGACAAGAAGGAAAGGAGAUUUCAGAAGAAAAAGAAAGCAUAUAUAGCUUGGGAGGAUAAUGACUCAAGCUCAACAAGUUCGAGUGACACAGAAGAAGAAGCAAACCUAUGUCUUAUGGCAGACUCAGAAGAAACUGGAAGUCAAGAAAAAUCAAAGUCAAAAGGGUCAUUAUGGGGUCGUGUUCUCAUUCACAAAGAUGAUGACCAUCCUGAUAAUGAUGAAGACGAUGAUAUGGAUACUCAUAUGGCUGACCCAGUCAAUGCUGCUGCUCCAUCUGAUGCUGGACCCUCUAACAUACCCUCUUCUUCCUCAAUUUCUAUGGAAUUUGCAAGAUUAUCUAAACAGAUAGAGGAUAUGUCUCUAGCCCAGAAAAAUCAUUUUGAUGACAUUCAUGAGUGGCAAAAAUCUAUGGAUGAGUAUCUUGUUGAUCANUUUCUUGAGCUUGAUGUUCGCAUCCAUAACAUUGAGUCUCAUCUUAAAAUUCCACCCACUGAACGUUCUCCUAGUCCUGAAUUNUAG